AUGAACGUUCAGCUUAAAAUCCACGUAUUGCAUUGCGUAGUUUAUGGCCUUGAUACAGUACUAGCGUAUUUGAGCCUGUUUUUGUGCAGACUUGCUAAUGGAACGUUUGUAUAUUUCUUCUUUCAGGUUCCAUCACUCAAUGAUACUCCUAUUCAUCGAUUGCCUUCCAAUUCAUUAGUAAAAUACAGAUGUAUGGUACAAGAUAUGUUUGACCGAGAAUUCUACCUAGGUGUUUACGAAGUUCAUAACGAAGAAGUUAAUACAAAGGUUCUUAAAUGUGGAAAAUACUACGAUGUUGCUCGCUGUCCGAAAAAUUCUUCAAUAAAUUUACAAUCUGAUCGUAGCGUAACGCUGGAUCGACAAGUGUUAUACUGCGUUCCAAUUCCUGGAGAAAAUCAAUGGGCAAAAGAUAUAUCCUAUUUUUUUACCUCGAUAACCAUGAAAUUAUCGAAUCUCUGCAAAUUUCUUAACCAAGACCAAAUCUUUGCUGGAAUGACUACGUCCGUGCCAAGCCCAAAUGCUCGCUAUGUACCUGAACCAUCAUUUACUUCUAACAAAAGAAGGUUCGAUGAAAACAACAGUUCCAAUAAUAUACUCCCUAAUUUAAAUUUUCCUCUGCCAAACGAAAAUGGACCUGCAUGUAUAGUCAAGAUUUAUGAAGAUACGGAUAAUAUCAAAGUGAAUGAUAUGAUUGAGUUUUUUGGAAUAUUAUCCGUAGACCCGGCAUUGAAAGCACCAUCCAAUACUAGGUUAACAAGAGACUCGGGUAUUUACGAUCCUGAAAUCGAUAUGGAUUGUGCUGAGGAAACUGCAGCACACUGUCCAGCUCCAUCAUUAGUCCCUCGUCUGCAUUGUAUUAUUGCCAGACAUUUACCGCAUUCAAAUCCAAUAUUGCCAUUCGAUAGUCCAUCAGAAAUAAGUAUCAACAAUACUUUAGAAAAACCAGAAUUAAUUCGAUCUCAGUUGAUAUCAACACUUACGGAUUGUAUUGGUGGAGAUGCACUAGCAGCUGAAUAUACGCUACUAAACCUACUAUCGAAAGUUAACUACAGGCACGAUGUUGUUCCUGUUGGCAAGUUUUCCGUUAAUUUGGCUGGUUGUCCUGUUGGAGGGACUAUUACACAUCAAUUAUAUGAAUCUAUUGAGGCAUUAGUGCCUAAGAGCUACUUUUUAUCAAUGACCCUUUCCGGUAUGAAUUCACUGCUACUCUCCCCUAAAAAGGAUUACAAUGCUAAUCGAUUACAAUCUGGCAUCUUACAGUUAACCGCUGGAACCCAUUUAAUAUUGGAUGAAACUGUGUUAGAGCCAGGACAAUUAGAUCCCAAUGGAGUAAAGAACCUAACAGCUCUAAGUAAUGUCGUCCGGUGGCAAAAAGUUGAUUAUGAUUUCAGCUAUCAUCAAACUGAAUUUCUUUGUGAUUUGACGGUCUUGGUUCUAUCGGAGGGAAAAUCGAUUUUACCGUGUGAUAUCGUAAUCCCGAUACGACAACGUAAUUCUGUCACAAAAGCCGAAAGCAAUCCAAUUCGUGAGAUUCCAUUUUCGUUUCUUCAAGAUUUUCGAACCUAUCUUGCUGUCACUCGAUCUCUAAAUUACACAGUAACGAAUGAAAUGCAGCAGGCACUUCAGGAAGACUUUGUGAAUUCGAGGAAGCUGGACGAUAAAGCUAUGACAGCUGAUGACUUUCACUUAAUGUUAACCAUGGCCAGGCUACUUACCCUGAGUUUUGGGCAAACCUUAUUAACUCCUGAGCUAUGGAACAGAGUGAAGUCAUUGGAAAGGCAUCGAAAAGCUCGUUCUCCUUCUCAGUAG